UUUGUAACUGCAGUGAAUGGCCCAGGCAGACAGACAUGAGCUGGGCUGAGGAGGACUGGACGGUGGGCCUGUCUGGACGGGUUCUGCAAAAAGUGAAGGAGCUGCAGAUCCAUAAGGAGCGGCUGUCCAGAGAGAACAAACAAAAACAGCUGCAGCUGGACAACAUCCAUACCAACCUUGAAAAACAAACUGCAAAGUAUGACGAUGUCCGUGGGGAGCUGCAGUCCAUACAGAGAGAGCUUCAGAGUGUUCGGGAAGAGGCCCAGGCAGCCAUAACCAGCAAGGAGCGUCUGAACCAGGAGCUUCACACCAGACAGGCCCAAAUAUGUUCUUUGGAGGGGCAACUGGAUGCUGCUCACACCCUCAACAACAAGCUCACCCAGGAAGUCAAAAGGCUGGAAGCUGAGCUGGAAAAGCUGCAGAAUAGCAGCAGGCUGGCAGACGCCACUCUGUUUUCCACACCCUGUUGGAAUACCACAUCACCCUGGGAGCACAAUGGCAGCAAACAGGAAGAAAGAUCAGGGCAGCGAGAUGAAGGGCCGAGCCGAGCUCAUCACAUCCGACAGCAGCUUCAGUUUUCAGACAUGUCCACAGCUUCACGACAACAAACCAAAAGCACACCCCAGCGCCACCCGUCUGACCAAGCAGACAUCUUUUCCACACCUGUGGCUGUGUUUCCAUGGGAACGGGAUGAUUCUAGACCUGCAUCUAGAAGACGACUACAGCCAGCUCCCCAGACGUCCAGCUCUGACGCCUUGCAUCAAGGCCCGUUGGCGCAGAGGACCGGUGGGAAGGAAAGGGACAAGCAGAUGGAGACAGACACGUCUUCGUUAGAACUGCAGAGCUGUAUCUCAGCUCUGGAGGACAGGCUGUCUGAAAAAGUCGGGAUGUUGAAGUCCAUUCAGAACGAAAUGGUGCAAACCAAAAAGGAGCUCGCUGCCAAAGAGCUCAGCCUGCAGAAAAGUUGUGAGGAGCUCAGUAUGGCACAGACACGCAUGGCCCAGGACAAAGAGCGGGCAUCAGAAACUGAGCAUAGACUGAAACAGCUUCAAGAGGAGCUCAAGUGCCAGAGACAAAACGCAGAAAGCAGUCGGCUGCAGCACCAACAACGGACAAGGGAGCUGGAGAAACAGCAUCAGAGGGAUGUAGCAGAACUUCAAAAGGAGAGGCAGUGUCUGGAGAAACAACAGCAGCAGGAGGUGAAUAAGCUGAAUCAGGAGCUCCAGCAGGCUCGUACGACCCACAAUGCUCUGCAGGCCCAGGCUGAUAAGCUGGCUCUACAGAAGCAGGCGUUGGACAAAGAGCUGGACACUCUGAAAGAGAAACUGAAGUGGACGGAGGAACAACUGAAGGAGAGUCAGAAGAAAGAAGCUCAGACACAAACCAAACUGACGGAAGCAGUGCGUGAGGCCGAGGGUGUGGCUGUGACUUUGGAGCAAAGCAGGAAGAAAGAGCGAGCUCUGGAGGAGGAGGGGAGGAGACUGAAGGAGGAGCAGGCUGACACUCUGCGUCUCCUCAAGGAACUGCAGGAACAAAAGUCUUCUCCAGCACCCCCUCAACAAGCAGUCCCAUUUUGCCCUGUUGGUCAGAGUUUCGUGUCUCAGUCUUCUUCAGCUCAUCCUCCUCGACCACCGACCCACAGCAGGAGACCUGCAGCUUCCCAAGCUGAGCAGAAGAGGGAAGACAGAGUAGACGAGAACAGACCAGAGACAACAGUGUCUUAUCCUUCUGACAGAGAGCCAGGAGAAGGAAUUGAUGCUGAGCACAUCACUGCCAUGACAAACUCAGAGUUUUUACAAAGAGCAGGACAGUUUAGAACAAGUAAUGAAGAAGGAAGCAAGAGUAGAGAUGAGGAAAUAAAAUGUGACAUCUCUGCUCCCAUCUUUUCCUCUGUGGAUGGAGGAACAUAUGUCAAACAGUCCCCUCUGGCACAAAGUUUGUCACUUCCUCCUGAAAGCACACAUGUUCUCAGAUCUGAACAAACCAUCCCCUCUGAAGAUCUAAAGAGGGAGAAUGCCCAACUCCGCACUGAGCUAAGUGAUGUACGCGAUGAACUCCAGAGACGUUUAGAGGACCUGGAAGCUCAGCGAAGGGCCGAGGCAGAAGCAAGGACACGCCUCAAACAGCUCAGCCGAAAACACACUAGCCAGGCUGCGGAGAGGGAGGAGAAAGACAAGGAAUGGAGGGCAAAACUGGAAAAUGAGAAAGCUGAGACAGAAAAGCUGAAGAAGGCUAACGCUGCUCUGGUGGCAGAGAUCGGGAGAAGUAAAGAAGAACAAGACAAAACGGAGAGAACUAAGCAGGAAGAGGACAACAUAUCACAAGAAGACAGAGAGAGUGAGCUGGCAGAACAAAAUAUUCAACUGAAGAAUCAGCUGGCAAUGGUAAAAGCCCAGCUUGCUUUAGAACGGGAGGAACGAAAGCAAGAAGAGGAGGAGAGAAACCAAUUUAUAAACACCGACAUGGAUGAAAAAAACGAGCUGAGCAUGAAACUGGCAGAGAUAAUGGCUGAUGUUGAGGAUCUAACUCACCACAGAAAUGAAGAAUCGGCAGAAGUGGAGCGACUUGCCAACAGCCCCCUGCUGACUCUGCAUGAAGAUGAACUUAACUCCAACAUCAUUUCUUACGACGACAAACUCCUUCCUUCACAAGAGGAGCGCCUCGUCUUCUGCGAGUCCACCAACCAAAACAACACACCAAUGUCCAAAGAAGCAAUCGCCCAUCCUGACGGUCAAACAGCUCAAAUGGAAGAGAGUAAACAGAACUAUCAGGAAAAGUCUUUCUCAUCAGGCCUCCAGAGUGAUGAGCUUCACUCAUCUGAUCUUGUAAAAGAAGUUGAACGCCUGAGAAGGAAGUAUACAAAGGAGACGGAACGUGCUAACAAGAACCAGGUUAAGUUUGACGCCUUGCAGAUCCAGGUGACACGUCAAACCAAUGAGCUAACCCUGGCCUUUGAGAAGCAGACGCAGCACAUCGCAGGCCUUCUGACUGAGCUUCAGGAGAAGGAGAGCGCCCUCUUCAGUCAGAAAGGAGAGCUGAUGAGAUACAAGCAAGAGCUGGAUGUCCUGAAAACGGAAAGAAAAGAAGAGAUGGAAAAGAAACUAAGAGAUGAUAAGUUAAGAGAAACAUCAGAUCUCCAGCCUGAACAAGAAAAUAAGUGUUUUGUCACUUUUAACACUGCAGACCCAUUAGAUAACUUGAAUGUGCAGACUGAUGCAAGUCAACCAAAGCUUGAGACGUGUGAUGCUGAAACAUCUGGACCUGAAGACGACAGUGAAGCAGGAACAGCUGAAAAAAAGCAACCAGUCACUGUAGACUUGAAUAACUCUGAGAGCUGCCAUGAGUCCGCUUGUGAGGUGGCAGAAGAUCACUGCAGUCAAAAUGAAGGAAGGGAGGCUGUGCUUACAGAGCUGAUAGCUCUCAGAUGGGAAAAUCAGCAGCUGAAACAAAAACUAGAGGAUCUGAGCGUCUCAGACACCAGAAACCCAACACUACAGACAGAAAGUGAAAACCAAGAUGUCUCAGUCAAACAAAGCCAAAGCUCUGCUCCUCUGUCCCGAUUGGAGGAGCAAGAGACAAAAAAGGAUGACAACACAAAGGAGCAGGAGUCGGUGCAAGAAAUUGUGAAGAAGAAUGAAAAUGAAGGUCAAGAUUUUGAAAGGGACGAAAGGAGAACCAUGAAAUGUGAAAAUGAUCAGGAGGAAGUGUCUAAGGUUCAGGUCAACUACCUGCAGCAACAGGUGGAGGCGCUACAGAGAAAAGUAAGGGCUCUCUCUGAGGAGACUGAGGCGCAGGCCCAAGAGCUCUCUGUGUGGAGACUGGCCUCCCAACCAGCCUCAACAUUUAACCAUCUCCUUCCCAGCACAGAGGAUGAGUGUGAACCUCUGGAUCAGGUCUCUGCCGGCAGUCAGUCCAAGUCAGACCAAAGGCCGACAGAUGAAGUCACUCACUGCCAAACAGGAACCCAAAACCAAACACUUAUCGUCCAAACCCAGGUUCAAGAACCCCUUUGGGGUUCACAGACGAGUCAGGAAAUCGUCACAGUCAUCAGAGAAGACGAGUUAUCGUUCUGCUGCUCCUCCAACAAACUGCGAGGGCGCAUGCUGUUCUCCAGAAUUCAGGAAAGCAACCUUCCUGAACCAAAGAGCCUCAACUCUUCGCUAAAGACCGCAACAUCUCAAGACAACAAUCAGAACAAGAUAGACCAGGAAUCUGAAAAAGAAAACUUGGAGAUUAAUUUACAGCGGGCAGAUGCUUGUCCAGAACAAAACAAAGCGAGGAAAGACCUCGUUCAAACGUCGUCACUGAAAAUGACUGAACUCAGCACUGCCAAAGAUCCUCACGGAGUCUCCGUGACAAAUCCAACCAAAGUUGUGGAGUGUUUCACUCCAGCUCCUGAGACCAAACCAGACUCUUUUGGAGGAAACGGUGAAAUAAACACAACCUUUAAGACUGCAAACAAAAACGUCAAGAUAGGAAUAAAAAGUGCCAGCAGCCAAACUGAUGAAAGUUUGUACUUUUAUGGCGCCUUCAAAACGUGUGCAAGCACACAGACGGAGGAGGAUUUAGAAGAUGACAAAGAAUCGGUGGAUUCUCCUCCUGUCUUGUUAGAGAAGCCUGAGUCAGGCGACAAAAUGUUACUUUCAGGUUCUUUUCCCAUUCCAGCUGACCCGGCCCGACUUGCUGAAAGAAUACUUCGCAACCGGACCCAGCUCUCGGCUGCCUUUGAUGAUACAGAGUAUGAGCCGUACGGCCUGCCUGAAGUCGUCAUGAAAGGUUUUGCUGACAUCCCCAGUGGUCCCUCCUGCCCCUACAUUGUGAGAAGAGGCUUGUUAGGGACAACCGUUGUACCCGUGUCUCAGAAAGACAAAGAGGACGAGGAGACAGAUUAAAGCACAGCAGCAGGUUGCAUCAGGUGUUUACAGAUCUUUUGGAAGAAGAUUGAACUUGUUCGAUGGAAGACUGCAGCCUUCAGAGCUUUGAAGCUCUUCAGACGUUGGUGUGCAGAGACUCUGCUUUCACUUCAUACCUGCAUUUAUUAUUAGGCACUAAAGUUGGGAUUUAGUGAUGCCUAAUGUGUCUUAAAUCACUUUUUAACGCCCACGGUCUGACCUCAGCUUAUUUUCAAUUGAACAGUGCAGCGCUGAUGUUUUUCUAAACCAGCGCUCAUCAAGAUAAGUUUGAAUUGUUUUCCAAAAGGCAUUAGCCAAGAG